CGAAUAGCAAAUCUCUCUCUCUCCUCUCCUUCUCCUUCUCCCACUCGCCCUUUCUCUCUCCAGAAAAAUGAUAACCGGCAAGGAAUUCUACCAAGUCCUUUCCGCCCUCGUCCCCUUAUACCUGACAAUGGGGCUCGCCUACGCCUCCGUCCGGUGGUGGAAGAUCUUCACCCCCGAGCAGUGCGCCGGCAUCAACCGCUUCGUCGCCGUCUUCGCCGUCCCUCUCCUCUCCUUCACCUUCGUCGCCUCCAACAACCUCUACCGCAUGAACUACCGCUUCCUCGCCGCCGACACCAUCCAAAAAGCCUCCCUCCUCAUCCUCCUCCUCCUCCUCUCCAAAACCCCUCUCCUCCGCCGCCGCCGCCGCCACACCACCGCCUCCUCCUCCUCCUCCUCCUCGUUGGACUGGGUGAUCACGCUCUUCUCCCUCUCCACCCUCCCCAACACCCUGGUCGUCGGAAUCCCGCUCCUCGCCGCCAUGUACGGCGACUUCACCUCCCCUCUCAUGGUCCAGAUCGUCGUCCUCCAGAGCAUCGUCUGGUACACCAUCCUCCUCGCCCUCUUCGAGUACCGCGCCGCCGUCCGCUUCAUCGCCGACCAGUUCCCGGCCCCCGGGACCGCCGCCAGGAUCUCGUCCGUCCGGGUCGACCCGGACGUGGUGUCGCUGUCGUCCAGCGGCGGGAGGACGGUGGUGGGGGCCAGCAUCGCUGACGUGGACGAGAGGGGGAACAUCCACGUGGUGGUCUCGAGGCUGUCAGCCAGCAGCACCGCCAGCUUUUCCGUCUCCUCGACCAAAUCGCUCAAACAACAACAACAGGCGGCCGCGGCGGGGGCGAUGACGGUGGUUAAUAAUAAUAAUAACAAUGCGUCGUCGUAUCGGGAGGCGGCCGGGGCGGGUACCUGCCCGCCGCGGGCUUCGGAUCUGACGGGCGUGGAAAUCUGGUCCGUUAGAUCGUCGCCGAGGAACUCGAAUUUCGUGGAGGAGGACGGAAAUGUAGAGAUAAAGAAUAUGGUGAGCGGGAGAAAGAGUCUUCAGCAGCACCACUAUAAAUCCGGCGGCGGAGGAGGGGGGUCGAUGUCGCGGCCGCCGCAGCUGCUGCAUAUGUUCAGUUGGAGCGGCACCAACAAUACGUCGUCGUUUCCCGGGUACUACUACUCCCGCAAUAAUCUCAACGACAAUUAUAAUAAUUCCAAUAUUGGGAUGAAGAAAAACAAGGUGGGGAGCUCGGACGGGGAGGUUGAGACGCGGACGGCGGGGGUUCAGGGUGAGACCAACGGCUGGGAUCAUAUUCACAUCACAGGGGAGAGGAAGGUUGACGUGGUGGAGGAGGAGGAGGAGGAGAAGGGAAUGGCGCCGAAGGGUGUAAUGACGAAGCUGGUGCUGAUUAUGGUGUGGAAGAAGCUGGUUCGAAACCCUAACUCUUACGCGAGCCUGUCCGGCGUCGUUUGGUCGCUUCUGGCGUUCAGGUGGAAUUUGACGCUGCCGGCAAUCGUGAAGAACUCGGUUUCCAUACUGGCCAACACAGGACUGGGAAUGGCGAUGUUCAGCCUCGGGUUGUUCAUGGCGCUGCAGCCGAAGGUGAUAGCGUGCGGGAAAUGGAUGGCGUUGUUGGCGAUGGUGGCUCGGUUUCUGCUGGGCCCAGGGUUGGCGGCUGCGGCCGCUCUUGCCGUCGGCGUUCGAGGUGUUCUCCUUCAAGUUACAAUCGUUCAGGCUGCACUUCCCCAAGGGAUAGUUCCGUUCGUGUUUGCCAAAGAGUAUGAUCUCCAUCCGGACAUCCUCAGCACCGCGUAAGUAACUUGCAUUGCAUCCGGAUCUUCAUUAUUAGUUAUUAGU